AUGGGAAGCACUUAAUCUGCUUAAGAUGCUGAUGCUAAUCCAAGAGAAAUAAGAAGAAGAGCAAGUAGAACUGAGAGAAACAAAUCUUUUUCGCAUCAGGCCGAUCGCAACAAAACACUAAUAACUGAUUCAAUCUUAAAAGAUAUUCUAACCAGCAUCAAAAAGCUUAUUAAUGACUAGCCAAUAAGCUUAAAUUACAUUAUUCAGGAUAUUGAGAGUAAGCUAAACGAAGAAUCAAUAAGAUCAAUUUUAGUCUCUCUUUUGAUGAAGUAGGGUCUCAAACAAUUUUAAUCUGAUCCUUCAUUAGACACUAAUAGUCAAAACGAGUCAAUUGUUUAAGAUGUAAUAUAAUAAACUAUGGUUGAUUUAUUCCUUAUGCCUUUCUUUGCGAGCUUUGAAAGUAAAUCUUCAAAUAUCAGAAGUUUGGACUCUCAAGAAGCUAAGCAACUUCUUUUAGAUUAAUUAAAAAAUGAUGUUUAAAAUUUUAAAAACUUUUGCUACGAAUUCUUCGCCAUUAUCAUAAAAAAAAUAAACCUAAAGAUAAAUAAAGAACUAAUAAAAUAAAUAAUUUAAGACACAAUAUUCAGACCAAGUUCUAUAGAUGACGACAUAAAGGCAUAACAAAGAGCUAAAUAAUUCAUACAUUAAUAUUAUUAGAGCUACGAACUAUAUUAUUCUUAUUAGGAAUAACAACUUGAGAAUUAUAUUCCAAUUCUUGAGCUCGCUGAAACUUAAAAGUUAGAGAGUUUUAAAUAAACUUUAGUCUAAAACAAAUUAUUCUCUGAGUGCUUAAAGAAAAUGAAAAAAAUAUUUUAAAAACCUCAAAGUAGUAACUUCAUGGCAAUCACAGAAUAAAUAUAUUCAAUCGCUUAAAAAUUUAACAAUUCAAUCUAUUAAAUUGACAAAAAUAUUUUUGGCGAUGGAGCAGAUUCAAGACAAAUUUUAAAUAUUAACUUUAUCAGUAUGUUUAAUACUCCUGGCUUUUACACUAGCUGCAUUUUUAUAUAAGAUAAUUACGAAAAUUUAAUUCAACCUCUUCACAGACAUUUAAUUACAACACUCUGCAUUUCUUUUGAGCACAUUCUUUAUUAUAUUCGUGAAUAAGCUGACAAUAAUUAAAUGAACAUGCAGACAUAAGCUUCUUUAGGAGAAAUAAAUCAAUGUUAAUCUAUUUACAAUGCUAAAUAAUUUACUAUAUCUUGA